CAAUUUUUAAUGUGAUUGUCUUUCUUUUAGUAUCAUAGUAUUUAAAAAUCAAUAAGUUCGUUCAGACAUACUGAAGAGUUGCGCUAGAUUCAUGGCUGACGCUGCAGUUACAUGGUUUGUGUUUUGACGCAGAGGGGCAAGUAAUGUUUAGGAUUAACUUAGCUGCUUUGCAUGGCUGAUCUCUAUCUUCUAUCUCAUUAGUAGUAUUGAAACGUUUGAUUUCAAAUCUUCUAUUUAUGUCAACAUCUGAAUAUUCAUCUAUUUUAAUUAGAAUAUAUUAAUUGCUAUUAAGAAGAAAUGAAACAAAUCUUUAUUAGUUCCUUUCUCAUUACUCCUCUGAAUGGGCGCAUGCUAUUCCAAGAAGGCUAGUGGAGGGAAUCGUUCUUAUACAACAGUUCAAAUGGCUUCCACUAAGCUAGAGGAAGGGUCAAGAUUGGUGAGGCCCACCCCUUACACACGAACUCAGAAUGCAAAUAUUGAUUUUGCAGCCAAAAAAAGCAUUCCGUUGCCAUCAAAACACAAUUCACUGACAACUGCAGAUCAGAGUGAUCUGAAGAAUGCAAAGAAUACCUUCCAGUCAAACAUUCCUCGUUUUAGUUCUAGUCUACCUGUUUCAGCAUCUAUUUCAGGGGAACAAAAGACCAUAAUUAAUGAUAAUGAAGCUUUACAUGUUGUAAAUAAUAAUGCUAUAGUCAAUUCACGCUCUGCUUUUAAUGUUUCAAAUGCAACUUCUCCUGUAAAUAAACUAGCUGUUAGAGAAUCACAAAUCAAGCCAAAGAGUUUAGGUAGCAAAAGUUGUCCAGAUAAAAUUCUUAGUCCUGAUGAGAAACCUAGCAGAACGCCUUUGAAGGGAUCUGGUAUAUCUCGAAUAUUUAUGGGCAGAUCUUCUCCUAGUUCUUCACAAAAUAGUCCUGAAACUCCAAAUAGUUCGAAAAUGCAACAGCCUAAGGAUUCGAAGCUAGCUGGCAGAAAUUCCAGUGGGCCUAGUCCUGUAUCAAAAUCUCCAUCAACUAAAGGAUUUGAAAGCCGAGAUAGUUUAUCUGAUUUUGAUUCAGGUUUAGGUAACAGUCUGACUGAUAAAAAUAAACCUGAAGAUUCAGAUACUAUCAAGGAUAUAGAACAGCUUGAAUUUCAAGAUGAAAUAUCGCCUAGCAUAAGUGUAAAAACUUCUCCUAAUCGGUCUACAAGUACACCUAAACAAUCUGCUGCUGAAUCAAAGCUUUCCUUAAAAGCACCAACUUAUAAAAGAGAACCGAAUGGGAAAUGGAGUUUUGAUGAAAAACAUUUUGGUCCAGAACCAGUUCGGACUGCUGAACCAAAGCCUUUUGGAAAUACUAAUGGGUCUAGUCCUAAAGCAAAGCACUCUUUCAAAAUGAAUGCUUCAGAAAAUAUAUUUUCAACUUAUGCUUCAUAUAAAGGAUUGCUAUCAUAUCAAAAGAAAUCUUUCCAGCCUGCAGAUGUUAAAUUCAAUCUUAGAGAAAAGGCUACCCAACAGCAGCCUCUUCAGCAACAAUCUCCAAAUGUUUCUAGUAUUCCUAAAAUGAAAAGACAACAAAGUCAACCCAUUUCUUCUAGUGGAACUAUUUUCUAUUGUGACACUGAUUCGAAUAAUUGUAGUUUUGAUGAUGAAAAAACAUUAACAAAUUUAGAAAAACCACCUCAACAUCAACGUAAUUCUAGUCUAGAUUCUGAUGAAAAAUCAGAUAGCACAGAAAAUGGUGUCUUGAGUCCACCAUCUGAAGAAAAUAGAGAGUUUUUAAUAGAUGAUGAGAUUGCUGAUCAACCAGGAUUGACUUUUUUUGGUGAUCCAAAAUCUGAAGAUUCAGAUGUACAGUCUUUGCAAUUAGCUAUGUCUGAAUUGCAUGCCCUACAAUUAGCAAGUACUAAUAAAAGAAGAACUGAUAGUGUUAGUAGUUAUUCCAGCCGUAAAGGACGCAAUGAUCAUAGAGAUAGCUUAAUACUCGGAUCAGAACUUGGGUCUUCUUGUUCCAGCAUUGCUUCUGAUGAUUUAAUGCUUGAUUAUGAAAAAUCAUUUGAUGCUUUUCCUGAAGGAACUGUUAAUGAAGGACCAGCUUCCCCUAUGAGAAAAUUAUCAGAAGUUGAUGAAGUGGACAAAGUUGCACCUUUGAAAUCUGAGAAAAAAAUUGAUUUUGAAGAAAAGAGAAAGCGACUGCAUCGUAGAUCUUCUGGACCAUUAUCUACUCCAGCGGAACGAUUAGAAUGGCGUCAAAGGACAGUCAGCCUUCCUUUGAGACCACCCCGUCAAAUGACAGUGUCAGAAGCUGAUGACGGAGGUCUUAAACUUGAUGCUUCUUCUUACAGAUUAUUGUGCCAAGAUCUAAAUGGGGUUAAAACCCUACUUUUGAGACUAAAAUCAGUUAUUCAAGAGGCUGAAACCAUCAAUCCAUUUGACCAGGUUAAUACUAAUAAUUUAUUCUAUCACACUCUGGCUCAAACAGAUUUUCCUUCAAGUCUUGCAGCACUCACUAAAAGUGAUGAUAAGAAAGGACCAGAUAUAUCAACUAUUAUUGAAGAAAAUGCAGAUUUACGAAGACAGCUAGUUCUUUUGCAACAGCAAUUAGAAGAUAAAGACCAUACUAUCCACUUGCUUCAGCAACAAAUGACUAAGUAUCUGAAAGUUCAAGCUGGAUGUAAUCAUAGUGCUUCAAGUUCCAAUGCAGCUACUCAAACUGAAAGAAGUCAUUCAUUGACGGGAUCUUUUUCAUCUUCUUCAUCAGCUGAUGAUUCAAUUGAAACUCUUGUUAGUGUGCAGGACGAUUUUGAAAAAACAUUUAGGAAGAAGUCUCAAGAACAAGAUGUUUUGUCUGAACAUUUAAUUGAGGUUGUUCGCUUGCUUGACCAAACUUCUAAUGCCUCCCCAAACCAUUCAGAAUGUUGAAAACAAUAGAUUUAAUGGAGAAGAUUUAAUUAGAUAGUAUAUCUAAAAAAAAAAAAAAAAAAUCAAUAUUUUUGCAUAUUAUAGCUAAUGUCGGUUCUGCUGAUUUUUUUUUAUUACAUUUAAGAGGUUGUUUUUGUGUACCACAUUAUUUUAUUGAUUUUAAAUUUUUUAAAAACUAUUGUAUGUAAUAAUGCAGGAUGCUUCAAAAAUUCCUCUUGUUUUUUGAUGAAUGUAGAAUGGCUGUAAUUUCUACUUUUGCUGUUAAAUGCUGGUAAUUUGAUAUGUUAAUGCAAUUCAAUCAUAUUUUUGCGGGAAAGGAAAUUUUUUUUGAAUAUUUUAAAAUUUUAAGAAAAGGGUUUCUUUUUAAAUAUAUAUUUGCAUUUUAAUGAAAGUUAAUAAGAAAAAAAUCAUUGACAUCAAUCACGUUAUUGUUUUCUUAAUAUUGACGAAACCAGCCAAUUUUUGUAACCAUUUUAUGUAUUCAACCAUGCAUUGAUUAUGGUUAUUUUAAGUGGUAUAUAAGUGCUUAAAAACUUAAUGUAAAUUUUUGAAUCAUCCUGUAUUUAAUUUGUUUUAAUAUUCUCAAAAGUGUGGUUUUACAGAUUCAAAUCCAUUAUGAACGUUUCAUUAUAUGUCUUCAUUCAUUAAGUUGCUUCUUUUUAAGCUUUUUUUCAUUUUAAUACUUUGUUGCAGAAUAAUCACUUAAAUCUUUGGCACUUAUAUGAAACAGGAGCGGCCUUUUAUUAAAUAUGUUUAAAAAUAUUUUUUAAGAAGUUGUUUCCUUUUUUUUUACAGUUAUGUGUUUUUUUAAAAUGCUACUUUAAAAAAUUUGGAAGCAAAUUUCACAGUUUCUCAUGCGACAUUUAACAGGAAAUAAUAUAAAUGUAGUUUAUUGCACAUGGAUCUGAAAAUCCCUAACUUUCUUUAAUUUUGAUUUUUUUUCCCCUUUUCCAAAUGAGUUUGCAUAAAAUAUUCUAUUUCUAUUGUGUUGUCUUCUAUUUGUCAUCAACAAAACUCAAUGUUACUUUUUUUAUAAGCCAUAUAUUUGUACAAAAAUAUUUUGAAUAUUUUCAUUAAUGCUUUUAUUGUUAAUAAAUGAUGCUGCUAUUUAAAAUGGAUUAAUUAGCUAACAUAUUAUUUACUUCAUAGAAAAUCACAGAUAAACUGUUUUCAUUUGGAAGUAAAAUAAGGCUAUACUAUAAAGUCAAACUGAUCUCUACAUUUAAAAUAUGUCGAAGCAUAUUUUGAAAAAAUGUGCUUUCUUUUCUUUUCUUUGUCUUUUUUUUAGCUUGCUAAGAAAUAUAUGAAAAUUUUAUUUAUAAAUAUGCAUUAAUGCUGUAUGCAAAUAUGCAUAAAUUUAAUUCCAAUAGAUAUAUAUUACCAAUAUUUUUGGUCUGUUUUAUGACUACAGGGCCUUGGAUUUUUAUAGAACAACUACAUAAGUAGAUGUCAGUUUUAACUGCAUCUGUGUUUGACAUUUUUGGUUUAUAAAGAAUUCCAUUUUUUUUUCUAUUAAUUUUUUUUUAUUAUUGUAAUUAAUAAAUCCGUAACUAUUCCCAUUUUAAUUGGAUAUUGCUUUUCAUUGAUAAAAAUUUAUGAGUUUAAUAGCAGUAUAAUUUACUGGUGUUUUAAAAAAAGGAUACUUUGAUUUCCUUGUGCAUUUCACAGCCAUUGAGUAGACACCUUUAACCACCUAAGUCUUUUCGUACUCCCCCCCCCUUCUUUACAAUUUCUUGAAAAAAACUUGGUGAUUGUAAUUUCUGAAAAUAGAAUAGAAAAACAAUAAGAAAAUUUCUUUUUAUAUCUAGAACAAAUAGUUAUUGAACAUAAUCAAGUGAUUGCAUCGCAGCAAUAUAUUUUGCCACUAUUAGUUAAUUUCAAAAUGUGGAAACUUUUUUUUAUCUUAUGUUAAGGCAAAAGAUGAUUAUUGUAAUACUUGUAUUGACCUUCAUCCCCUCCCCCCCAAAGUUCUUUUAUCAAUUUAUUUAGUCCUAAUUAUUAUUGUUUUAAUGUUAUAUAUAAGGGAAAAUCAUUCUAUUUAUCUAUAAGAAAAAUUAACUUUUGAACUUCACUGAAAUGCAUAAUACUGCUAUUAAAAUUAAAUUUUUAAAUCUAAAAUAUAUGAAAAUAACAACCGUGUUUUCUUUUCCCCUUUUUUUGUCCUCUUUUCUGCUUACAAGAUAUAUUUCUUUUAGUUUACAUAGCUACAAAUCUUGUGCCAAAUUAGUAAAAUCAGAUAUUUAUCAUAGUUUGAAAUUAAUAUGAUGUAAGUCAUUAAUUUAGUUGGUUUAUUAAUACUAAUGUUUUGUAAUACUGCCAUUAUUAUAAAUCUAUUUA